UCUAUAGCAGAAGCAAAUGGCGGCAAUCAUCGAUUCUUGACUGGAGCUCUCGCUCUCCUCUUGUUUCGAGUGGCGCAUGUCGAGUUCGGGAUCCGCGACAACAACUCGCUGGGACGGGGCAGACCAGUGGCCUAUUUCAGAACAUUGAUUUGGCUCGCCGGCAUGUCAGCUUAUGCUACUUGGUUGGCCAAACCUCACUGGGGAUCCUAG